UUCAAGUUGCAGCAGCGUCAGACACGGAGAAGAAGUGUUAUGUGCGUGCUUAUGCGUGCGCGUGUGACUGUGUUGCGUUCUGGCGGAGGAGACGGCAGGAGCAAGACAGAAGCUCCCAACUUCCUUCCUCUCUGCGCCGCUCUGCCCUGUCUCCCCCUCUGCCUCUCCCCGGGACACAGGCAGCCGCCGCGCUGAGAUGUAAAGACGCUUGAAGUAUGGCAUGCAGGGAUGGUGUCCGCCAAGACGAAGGAGAUGGUGACAGCGACGCGCCCCGCUUUUAUUCGGACCCUCUUCUACUUUUUCUGUUUGGCGACUUUUUAAGAGUGUUUGUGUCUCCCUUUAAUAGUGUCAUGAAAAUAUCCGGGCAGACAAGGAAGGAUGAGAGGAUCUAUCCGGAGAAUUUUACGCGGAUUUUGGACAGACUUCUGGACGGCUACGACAACAGACUGCGACCUGGAUUCGGAGGUCCUGUGACUGAGGUCAAGACUGACAUUUAUGUGACAAGCUUUGGGCCUGUCUCAGAUGUUGAAAUGGAAUACACAAUGGACGUGUUCUUUCGCCAGACGUGGGUGGAUCGGAGGCUGAUGUACGAGGGCCCGAUAGAGAUCUUGAGGCUGAACAACCUCAUGGUGACUAAAGUCUGGACGCCAGAUACAUUUUUCCGGAAUGGCAAGAGGUCAGUGGCUCACAACAUGACAGCCCCCAACAAGCUCUUCCGCAUCAUGAAGAAUGGCACCAUCCUCUACACCAUGAGGCUGACCAUUAGUGCAGAGUGCCCCAUGAGGCUUGUUGAUUUCCCCAUGGAUGGGCAUGCAUGUCCCCUCAAGUUUGGAAGCUAUGCCUACCCUAAAACAGAGAUGAUCUAUACUUGGACAAAAGGGCCCCAGCAUUCAGUGGAAGUUCCUCCUGAGUCUUCCAGUCUCGUUCAGUAUGAUCUUAUUGGUCAGACGGUCUCCAGUGAAACAAUUAAAUCCAUCACAGGUGAAUAUGUGGUGAUGACAGUGUACUUCCACUUGAAACGUAAAAUGGGCUACUUCAUGAUUCAGACGUAUAUCCCCUGCAUAAUGACAGUAAUCCUCUCCCAAGUGUCCUUCUGGAUAAAUAAAGAAUCAGUCCCGGCUCGCACGGUUUUUGGCAUUACUACCGUCCUGACCAUGACAACGCUCAGUAUCAGUGCUCGCCACUCCCUCCCGAAGGUCUCCUACGCCACUGCAAUGGACUGGUUCAUUGCUGUGUGCUUCGCCUUUGUCUUCUCUGCUCUUAUUGAGUUUGCUGCCGUCAACUACUUCACCAAUGCACAGAUUGAGCGGGCCAAAAAGAAGCCAGCCAAAUGUCCCCCGGUGCCUCAAACCACACCAGUGAAGGUGAAGGACACAGAGGAAAUGCUGCAGCAUAACCCUGAUACCAAUGGUUCUUUGAGGAAGCGGAUGAAUUAUGUUUCUCAACAAGAGGCAAGCAGUCAGCAGAGAGCCCAGUCCACCACUAACAUCUCAGGACUAGAACGAGGCAGGCCACUAAGACCGUUGGUGACUGGGGCAAAUGGCAGCUCCUCCACCCUGUCUCGCUCCAGCCCAAAGUCUGAAAGCCUGCUCAGCUUGGCAUCAUCUUCUGCCCAGCUGGUGAAGAGCACGCCUCAGGCCGCAGCAUUAAAGCCAGAGGUAAUGGCAAGCACACCGUGUAAGCAUGGCACAAACUCCUCAUCCCUGCAGCAUCUGCUGGGGCCCAAGCUGGAGCGCAUCCAGAUGAUGGGAAACAAACUGGAGCCAAAGCAAACGCCGUGCUCCCAGCCUACCACUGCUGGUAUGGGAGGGACCAGUAAAAUUGACAAAUAUGCACGGAUCCUGUUCCCAGUUUCAUUUGGUGCAUUUAACAUGGUCUACUGGGUGGUUUACUUAUCCAAGGACACAAUGGUGGCCAAAGGUGGCUAGACUUUGAAGACGUUGAAAUGGAAUAUGGGAGUUUUGCACUCAAUAUAUAAACUUUUGCCAAACAGAUAAAUGUGCUCCCCAAGCAUUUCCUUAUUCUGGAGAACACAUUCUGGAUGUUGUUACUUUUUACUCUCUGAAGUCCCAGGCCAGCAAGUGUGGGAACAAAUGGAAAAAAUUAGAAAUACUUGACUCCACACAACAUAAGAACACUUGCACACUGGAGUAUUCCACUGUUCUCUUUAUAUUUCUUAAUGCCUCCUCUGACUGUAAAGGUCUUCUUCGGCUUCAACUGACUUAUGACCUUUGUCACCCUGCAGCCAAGAUAACACAUGGGAUUUUGUCAAUUUCCUAUUUUUGUACCCUGCACCUGCCGAGAUGCUUGGAUGUGUGCUACCGUCCUGAAAUGAUCUGCACCGACAAUGUAAAUAUGUAAAUUUAUUAGAUAACAAAGAUUUACUUAUAUCUAAUGGGAAAAAUACUUCCAUUUGAAUCUUAAGACUUACAGCACUGGUAUUCCAGCAGAUUUGAGGAUAUGAGCUCAUAUGAUCUGACAGUACUAAACGACUUUUUAAUGGGGCAGGGACUUCAAGGAUAAUUAAUGGAUUCUUACCAAGUAAGUGUAAAGCUAAAAAAGAGAUCUAUUUGAUCAAGAGGAAAAGUCGUCGAACCAGGCUGAGUUGAGCUUUUACUAUGACUUGAUCAGUCAUAAAAAGCUUCACUUAUGCAACCGUAGGUUUUAAGCUUCUUUCCUGCCAUAAUGGGCUGCAGACAACGGUUGUGUGAGUGAUUAAAAAUUCACAUGAGCAAACAGGGAACAGCAUGUAAAGCCAUUUGAAGUAGAUCACUGGCAGAAUAAGAGUAAGCUGGUCAUUUACUUAGUUUGUAAACACAAGAGCUGAACAUCCAUCCGUGGGCCAUUUUUACUUGCUUUUUGCGAACAUGAGUUAUUUCACAGCCGAUCUCGGCAAAUCUCCUCUGUUUAGUAACCCUGAUGAGCCCUGGGACAUUCCUAAAAUAGUGCUACACUUGAGUUUCAACAAACUGGCUAUUAUUAUGAACUUGAUCCACUCCCCAUUUCUAUAUUAUUUUCUCAAAUAACUUAGGCUUUAGCGAAUGCACAAUGUAGCUGCUGGUCAUUCUAUCAGCAGCUGUUCAUGUUGCUUUCUAGCUUAGGGAUAAUCUCAUCAACUGUAGCUAAACUUUAUUGCCGGUCAGAAGUAGAGCAGCAGCUGUAGCCUGUCAUAUUUAGAUUGGAAAAAAACAGAAUUAGGGUAAUUCAUUUAUAGACUUUACAUGCUAAGUUUUAGAUGUAAAAAACGAUUCCAUUCUUCAAAUGAGGCCACAGUCAGCAGCUGAUUAGUUUCGCUUAACACUCACUGACCCAAAUAUGAAUUCUACUGCUUGAAAAUCUUGUGAAAGCUGAAAACCCCAAGGUUUAAAUGGUGUGAUCAAUCCUUGCUCCAAAGUAAGAGUGCAUACACAGCGAAACUGCACUUGCAACCUUUCCAAAAGUAAAAUGGGAAGUAAAUGUUAAUGGGGUUACCCUACAUGUGUGAAACUGUUGAGGUAUCCAGGCAGCAUCUGCAGUGGGUAUGGAAAGCAUUCAGACCCCUUGAAAUUUGGACUCUUUGUUUCAUUGCAGCCAUUUGCUUAAAUGAAAAAAGUUCAUUUUAUUUCUCAAUAAUGUACACUCAGCACCCAUCUUGACAGAAACAAAAACAGAAAUGUAGAAAUGUUUGCCAAUAUAUUAAAAAAGCUAAACUGAAAUAUCAAAUGGUCAUAAGUAUUCAGACCCUUUGCUGCGACACUCAUAUUUAACUCACAUGCUGUUUAUGUAUUUGAUCCUCCUUGAGAUGAUUCUGCUCCCUCAUUGGAGUCCAGCUGUGUUCAAUUAAACUGAUUGGACCUGAUCUCCAUGAAUGUGAGACACUAUAUGGUCAUAAUCUAGUUGUUUCCAUUUGAUUCAGGUCUUGUCUAGGAAGCUGCUGGAUGUAGGUUUUGUGUGUUGACGUGAGGGUGUAAAACCAUCUCAUCAUCGACGGCUGAAAUCAGCUCAAAAAGCGCUUUUUCCUGAAGUCGUAAAGAUUAACAAGUUAAAGACAAUGUAAUAAGCUUACACUGAAGUGUAACUGGCGUCUUCCAAAUGUGUGCACUUGGGUACUUUCCAUCAUAACCUUGUUUGCUUUGAAGAGUUUGUGACCCUCGGAUGUCAUGAAUCUGACUGAGUGAUUGAAUUUGUGUAUGGAUAGAAGAUACCAUUAUCCAUUUAACAUAUGUGACAACAGAAAAUUGUCCUCCCUGCUGUUGUGUAACUGACUGGUAGAGGUGAAGUAGGGGAUUCAUCGUCAUUGAGCGCUCCAUCUGGACAGUGAUUGUUUUGCAUGUGUAAAGAAUACUGCUUCCUAGAAACUAGUGGCUCAACUGCCUAUAAAUAUUUAACAGGGAUGACCAUAAUGGGGGUUAUUAGACUUGUAUAUUUAUGUAACAGGAGUUAUGCUGCUGUCAUUGCAACAAGAAACAAGAGGGCUGAUGGACAGAUCAAGGUACCUGGCGCCACUAACCUCUCCAAAACGCCGUCAUUUGUGAAAUUGUUUUUGCUGUCAUUCCUUGUUGCUCCACCCAACAAAAACCACAUCCCAUCAAAACGCACAACAUUCGUGUACUAACGAGAACCCUGUCAGCUACAGAUUUAUCGUCAGUGGUUCUGUGCUGUUCUGUGCACAUGAUUGAUGGCGCAUUCAGUAAUGCAUUGUGGGUAUUAUGCUGCUUGUGUAAGUAUUUUUUUCAUGCAUUCUAGAUGAUAAAUUGUUUAAAGAACCUCACUUUAUGUGGGAAGAGGGAGUAAUAUCAGAACCUCAUUUAAUCAUCAAAACAGCUUUCUGGAGAAAAAGUUAUUCUAUACAGUUGGGUAAAAUGGGACAUUGAUUGUGCUACCAUGGCACUUUUCAGCCAAACCAUGGUGUAACACUCCCUCUAGUGGCUCAACUGGCUAAUUUAAAAUUUUAACAAACCCAUUUAGUAAGAGAUGUUCCAUUUAUUUUUAAAUAGAUCUUCUUAUAACCUAUAGAAUUGGUAAAGUAACAGGAUAAUCAUCUUCACACAAUGUUAUGUAUUGCACAGGCCAUCAGACUGCAUGUUAUAUUGGGCUGAAUAAAAAGAAAACAAAAUUAUGACAAUGAAAAAGUUUUUGUCAAAUAAUGUUUCAUAUCUACUACACAGGCAACCUAAAGUCUAAAAUGUCCUUACCAAUGCAAAAAACCACAAUUUUAAGUCAAAUUCUGCAUUCAAACUCCCAAAUGACUAAAGAUUUUGCACACAGCACCCCUUUUUUUAAUCUUAAUGUAAUGUGACCUUAGAAUUAUGCAGUACUCAAGUUUCAGGGUUAUUAUCUUAGCCUCUCAGUGAACUAUGACAGCAUUUAUCCUCUUCAGGCCCUAUUUAGUUUUCUAAGCUGCACUGUACACACUCACAAAGAAAAUUAAAAAAUGAUAAUUUCUCCAACUCUUAAAAGUAUCAAGAUUAGCACGGCAGCUUUACUAUUUGAAAAGAUUCAUUAAGUUUCAAAAUUUGGAGGCUCUUGAUGAAGGAGAUUGAACUGUUGUUGACAAAGUUUUAUUUUAGAAAGGCUUGGUUAAUAAGGCUGAAUUGCACUAUAAUUGAAAAAUACUAGACUGGAAACCUGGCCAGGCCGUGCUGUCACACACCGGUUGUGGGGAUAUGCUCCAGCCACACUUUAUGCAAAAAAAUCAGGAUUAGUUUGUGGUUUAAUUUGUGAAAUUAUCUAUCUAGCUAUUGAAAAAAAAAUUCAAGUUUCCCCUGAAAGAGGAUGAAAAUUAUUCAAAUGAACAGACGUGACAAACGAGUUAAUAUAAUACUAAUAAUGAUAAUAAUAAGUGUAUAUCUAGUCUGCAAGCCACAUUCUCUGUAUCUCUAACAGACGGCACACAUUUUUUUUCAAGGCAUCAUUUCAGUCAAAUUUUCCUGAUUUUAAUCUCCCUUUGAUAUCAUAUCAACAUGACAUGUUUUUAUGUUAACACAUAAGAAACCACAGUGACACAAGUGUAACAACCUAUUUAAACUAAAAUACAUUUAUUAAAAAAUGGCCAAAGGAACUUCUGGAAACCACAUCUUUGACAUUUUGUGUUGGUACAUUUUUUAAAUGUUUUAUUUGAUAUGAUAUAUGGUUUAAUUUAGUAAGUUUUCUAUUUCCUAUAAAGUUCUCCUUAGGGGAAAAUAGGGUCUGGGCUCUUUUGGGUUAAACAUCAAUAAAGGUAUUUGUAAAUCUACUAAAGACACAGAGUAGGGUCUUCUGUACCUGAAAUUAACCACUAGAAGGAGUAUAUGUUUUGUUGUUUCAUUCCAUGGUGGACAGCUUAUAAGAAGGACUCCAGUAAAACAAAACUAUAUCUGUUGUAUUUCAGCUGAAUGAUACAAGUUUGUCAAACUAUGACAAAUUCAUGCCCUGAGUUGUUUAAUAUCCCAUAUCCAAUCACAGUUAUCAUUUCAAAGCAGUUCGCUUGA